GCGCCAUGAAGGAGUGCGAGUACCGACAGAUCCCGCCGGAGGUGGCGGCCCCAGGGCCGGGUGCGAUCGCCUCCCCGCCGCCGCCCCGCCUCGGCCCGGUGCCGCCCGCGAGCCCCGCCGCACGACUCCUGGAGGCUGAGCUGCCUCUGAGCUUCUGGUUAAAAUCAAGAGAGCCCGUGCCAAUGCCGUCCCCUGCCAGGAAGCCGCUCGGGGUGAUGCGGGGCUGGUGUUCCUUCUCGCCCUUGCAGACAGCAUGGGGACCUCUACUUACCGCCCGCCAGCCCGCACGAUGGAAGUGGUCAUCAACAAGUAUGUGGUGAAACUCAAGUACUGCUACACGUGCAAAAUGUUCCGUCCUCCGCGCACCUCACACUGCAGCGUCUGCGACAACUGUGUGGCCUUCAAGCGCCACAGAUCAGAUGGGGAGGAUGAAGCCUCAGCCGUAUGGAGGAACCAACGCCCCCCCACAAGAGCAGGGAGCUCAGGCGGGGCCACAGCAAGGACACGGCUCUCCAGGACAGCCCGACGGGUCACAGACUGCUCAGCAGCAGCAGUCUGCCUCCUCCCAGCAGCGCUUCCUCUCUCCUCAGGAGUUGUCUCGAGUGUUGCUUGUGUCCCAGGCGUCAUCUGCUCCCUCAACGGCUUCCAGCAGAGGGCCAGAAGAUAUGAACGUGAAUCUUCAGUCCAGGCCUUCAGCCCCGUUGGAUCUAACUUGGUUACGAAGGAUACUGAAAAAGAAGAUGGCGACCUCCACAUCCAGGCAGGCAGAAGGGAUGUCUGGAGUCUUGCUUAAGAGUGGACAGGUUCUCGUUCUUCCAAGCCGGGCUGGCGUGAGAAGGCGGGACCUGUCUGGCUCAAUAGAUGAUGUCCCCACGGGACAUCCUCCUCACCUGCCAGGCAUCAGAGGACCCUCCCCAUCCCCGGUCGGGUCUCCUGCCAGCAUUGCUCAGUCCCGUUCGGGUCCACUUUCACCUGCUGCAGUACCAGGCAAUCAGAUGCCACCCCGGCCACGCAGCGGCCGGUUGGACAGCAUGCUGCAUCUCUCCGUGCACCCGUCAGGCAGAGCACAAGAUCAAGGAGGGUCUCCUGGGCAGCUAAAUAGCAAUGAAAUGUCCAAUGCCAACUAUCCGAGUCCGGGAACAGGAGGAAGCCUGAGCCGAAAGAGAGCACAAGAAGCGGCUGCCACUACCGUGCACGCGGCUGCCAAGUCCGUCCAGAGCAGGCCUGCUGGUUAUCCGAAUGUGAACCAAGGAGGAGUGACGGGCACUGGAGAUGCUUCUGGCCAGGGAAUUGACAGUCCGGCUGGCCUGAUGAACCCCCAGGGCCCGCCCUGUGCGAUGGCUAACAACUCUGCAGGGAUGGCGGCAAGCCCUGAAGUGAUAGGCCUUGGGGAGGUCGAAUUACCAUCUGCAUCUAAAACGAAGAAUGAGGCAGAUGGGACACGAAAAGCAGAAUCCAAGUCAAAGGAGUUGUCUCGAGUGUUGCUUGUGUCCCAGGCGUCAUCUGCUCCCUCAACGGCUUCCAGCAGAGGGCCAGAAGAUAUGAACGUGAAUCGUCAGUCCAGGCCUUCAGCCCCGUUGGAUCUAACUUGGUUACGGAAGAUACUGAAAAAGAAGACAGCGACGUCCACCUGGAGGCAGGCAGAAGGGAUGUCUGGAGUCUUGCUUAAGAGUGGACGGGUUCUCGUUCUUCCAAGCCGGGCUGGCGUGAGAAGGCGGGACCUGUCUGGCUCAAAAGAUGAUGUCAUCAGAGGACCCUCCCCAUCCUCGAUCGGGUCUCCUGCCAGCGCUGCUCAGUCCCGUUCGGGUCCAGUUUCACCUGCUGCAGUACCAGGAGGCUCUCCUGGGCAGCCAAACCGCAGCGCCAACUGUCACAGUCCGGGUAGAAGAGGAAGCCUGAGCCGAAAGAGAGCGGAAGAAGCGGCCGACGCUGCCAUGCACACAGCUGCCAACUCUGUCCAGAGCAGGCCUGCUGGUUAUCCGAAUGUGAACCAAGGAGGAGUGACGGGCACUGGAGAUGCUUCUGGCCAGGGAAUUGACAGUGCGGCUGGCCUGAUGAACCCCCAGGGCCCACCCUGUGCGAUGGCUAACAACUCUGCAGGGAUGGCGGCAAGCCCUGAAGUGAUAGGCCUUGGGGAGGUCGAAUUACCAUCUGCAUCUAAAAUGAAGAAUGAGGCAGAGGGGACACGAAAAGCAGAAUCCAAGUCAAAGAAUUACAAGCGGCCAAGGGACGGCAACUACGGCCCACCCGCCAAGCGGCACAAAGGGGAGAUGUGCGAUGUCCCAUAUAGCGCCGGGCAGGAGCAGACGCCGCAGCAGCUGCCUCCAGCGCAGAGCCAGGAGCCGAGCCAGCAGCCAGCGGCGCAGCCAUCUCCGCAGGAGGACCUCCCUAACCAGUAGGGGAGCACCUACCCCGCUACUGGUUUAUUUGUUUCCUUGUUUUUGUUUUCUUUCUGAUCAAGAUUUGAAAAAGUUCUAAGUACAGUUGAAAUUUCUAAAGUUCUAUGUGUUAAGAAUAAAUGUACGUUAAAUGUACAUUAAUGUACAUAAUGUACUUUACGCCUGUAAGGUGUUUGUCAGGGUUUUUUUAUGAGCAGGACAGGGAGGUGACUUUGGUGCUGGCAGGUCUUGGUGCUGUGAUGAUGUAGGUCAGCAAGGCAUGGAGAACCUUCAGGGUCCUGUGCUUUGGGGCCGCUUUGGAGGCUGAUACCACGCGGUCUGGUUUUGCUUUCUCCCUUUGGUUUGUUUUGGUGAUGGAGGCUUUGUUUUGUGCUGCGUAGGCUCAGGUAGGAGCAGAUUUGCAGCAGGAGGUGAAGCUGAGGCAGAGACGUGUGGUGCGCAGGGUGGAAAAGGCUCAGAAGCCACCAGCCCUGCCUGCCCGCCACGAAGAUGCCCACACACACACACACACACAGAGCUACCACGUGAUGUGUUGCGUCAGGGUCUCGGCAGAGACAGGGUCUCUGCUCCUCCAGGCUCCACUGCUCAGCAAAACAUUCCGCCUCAGGUGAUGGGAGGGCCCGCAGGAAGGCGCCAUGUGGCACGGGGGUAAGGAAAUAGGGUACAGCUCUCUGGACCGGCAGAGGACAUGUGGGUGAUGACCUUGAAUUGUUGGACAUGUACUUGAGCAACGAGGAGUGAGGAGGCAGGGUGUGGCAGAGCUAAAAAGGAAAGAGAAAGCACCAAUUAGCGGAGAGCUUGGGGCAUGUUAAACUAGCAUAGACAGUAGAAAGGGUAUAUAAUGCUGCUACUUGCAACAAUAAAGGUCUUUGGUCAACCUCACACCAGAGUCCGUGAGUGAAUCCCUGCAUGGUACUACUGGCCACCUUGGCAGAGGGGACAGCCUGGCAGCAAGAGCGAUUGCUGUGCAGAAGGGCAGCAUUGGCAACUUGCUGGGCUUCUUGGAGGACAGCCUGGCCACCACGCAGUUCCAGCAGAGCCAGGCCGGUUUGAUGAACAUGCAGAACCCACCCUUGGAGUCAAUGAGCGUGGACAUGAUGCGUUGAGCCGCUCGGGUGCUGCUCGCUCUGGCCAAGGUGGACGAGAACCACUCGGAGUUCACGUUACAUGACUCGUGGCUGUUGGACAUCUCUGUGUUGCCUUUGAUGAACUCUUUGAUUUCACAAGUGAUUUGUGAAGUACUGUUUUUAAUUGGCCAGUCAUGACAGCUGUGGGAUCCGAGACCCCGUGUGCAUGUGCGUGAGUGGAGAACUUAGAAACUGACUGUUGCCCUUUAUUUAUGCAAAACCACCUCAGAAUCCACUGUCUGCCCUGUGCUGUCCUGCUUCUCCCUUGGGGAAAGACCUUCCGCCUUCCCUCUCCCUUUCCUCUGCCCUUCAAAUUUGUCCUGAAUCCCUUAUUAA